AUGUAUCUUGCCAUUGGAGCAUCACCCCUGAUCAUUUGUCAUUUUGUUUGUUUGCUUGUUUGCUAUUUUUUGACAAGUUUUUUUGGAGCUCUUGUCAUCCUGUUACCAUUGUUGCCUCUGAUGAUUUUUCCUGUAACAGAAAAGUUUGGAAAAUGGGUAGCGGAUAAAUUCAUAUUUUUGUGGAAAUUAUUUGCAGUGGCUAUGUAUGAAGUAUGUAUUGGUAUUAAGGUUAUUAUACAAGGUGAAGACAAUCCUCACUGCUCUAAUGGUAACCUGAUUAUAUUAAAUCAUCGGACCAGAUUAGAUUGGUUAUUUCUGAUGUCCUACCAAAUACGUUAUGCAUCAUUACAACAAUUUGUUAUUUCUCUUAAAGCUCCAUUAAAAUACAUUCCUGGGCCAGGUUGGGCUAUGCAAUGUGGGGCGUUUUUAUUUCUACAACGAAAAUGGGAGUUAGAUAGGUUAUGGAUGACUAAAUGUAUCCAGUAUUUUCAACGAAUUGAUUACAAACCUCAGUUAUUAAUCUUCCCAGAAGGUACAGAUUUUACUGAUUAUGCUAAAGCUAGAAGUGAUGCCUAUGCUGAAAAAAUGGCAGUAAAGAAAUAUUCUUAUGUUUUACAUCCUCGAACAACAGGCUUCGUUCACCUAGUCACUGAAAUGAAAAAAAGCAAUUGUUUGGAUGCGUUAGUUGAUGUAACCGUGGGUUACCCUAAAUUCAUCCUCCAUGAUGAAAGGGACAUAAUAUACGGACAAUUUCCAGAAGAAAUUCAUUUCUUUGUGCAGACAUACAACAUAUCAGAUCUUCCAAGUGAUUCUGAAAGUAUAGCAGAAUGGUGCCAAAAACGGUGGGCAGAAAAAGAGAAACGCCUGGAAGAGUAUUAUACGUGUAAUAAGAAAUCAUUCCCAUGUGAAAACAAUAAGUUACAUUGUGAUGAAGGGACCAUUAGAAUCUAUUUAUAUCUCUCCUUAGCCUUUUGGUUAUCAUUCCUGAUAUUGGUAUUAUUUUCAUUAGUAUAUGUAUGGUAUUUUAAAUGGUAUUGUGUUUUAGCAAUCUGUAUAUUUUCUUGUAUACAGUUUUUUAAAGGCGGUGUUGAUGAUAUAUUGUUUUCUUCCUCAUGA